GAAACCCCUCUGCCUUCCAAAUCCAACCAAGGCAGCAAGGAGCGACUUUUUCCAACAGGAUUUAGUCCCACCGUGAAUCGAUGGCAAGCUGAGAAAAGAGAAUCCAGAUCGACAGCAGCGAAUUCAGCCGUCAUUCCGCGCCACCCCGACAUGGCGCACCCCCGCCAUGACAACGAUCUCGAAGUUCCCUUGCUAUCGAGCGCGCCUUCCUCGCCGCCCGUGCUGGCCGGCCGCAGCGCCGCGUCGCCGUCGGCGGAGCACAUCACGGUGGCCGUCGUGCCGCCGCGCGCCGUCUUCUCGACGCCCUUCGUGCAGGCGGGCGUCGCCGGCAUUGCUGACGUCGUGGGCGGCAGUGCUGGCGUUGCCGCCGCUGAUGGCGCGCGCGUGACUCCCUCUUCGGGGCUGAUCGCCGCGGCCAGGGGGGAUCAGCGCGGCUCCGGCUUGGGGCUCGCGGCGCUGGCGGAGCCAGCUGGGGGGGAGUUGGUGGGAGAAGGGGAAGGGGAAGGAGGAGAGAGUGCGCUUGGCGCGGGGGUUUCAAGGGAGAAUCGGGGAGGGGAUGGCGGAACGGGCGCACAGAAUGGGGCGGAGGUGAGAGAAGGAGGAGGGAGGAAUGAACCGGCGGGGGGGAGAAAUGCGGGCGAGGGAGAGUUGGGUGCCGCGAAGGGCCCUUCGCGAAAGAAGCUGUGGCAAAUCGCGGGCGACGAUAGCGACAGCGAUGGCGACCAUGGCGACGAGCCAGUGAGCGCGAGGAGGGAGGGGGGUGGGGAGAUCUCGGAGGAGACACGCGUGGGCGCGGCAGGGCGGCACGGGGGUAGCAGCCGCAGUGGCAGCAGCAGACGGGGGGACGCGGGAGUGGAAGGGGCUCAAGUCGGCGGAUCUGUUCCCAGAGGAGCGAGCGCAGGGCGGCGCGAGGUGGGCGCAGAGGGCCGCAGGCGGCUGGCGGGGGUGGUGGGGGAGAGCAGCAGCGGGCGGGAGCAACGGUGGCAGGCGCUACUGCGGUCGACGUCGUCGUACCACUACGCACGGCAGCACUCCCUGGGGCUGUCGUCAGGCGACGCCCGGCAGCACAGCACGGGGCUGGCGGCGGGCGCCACGCGCCUCUCGGGGCUGGCGGCGGGCGACAGCACGCAGCACAGCAUGAGGGCGAGCGAGGGGGGCGCGGGGCAGGGCGGAGGGGCGAUGGGGGGGGGAGCGGGCGGGGAGGAGGUGAGGGGCGCAGUGGGCAGCAUUGCGGGGUGGCUGUGGGCUGUAUGGCACGGCGUGGCCACGAUCAUCUCCCUCGUCCUCACGUCCAUCGCCCGCCUGCCCGCCUGCACGGCCGACCUCUUCGCCCGCCAGCUGGCGGACGCCAGGGCGAACCCCAAGCUGGUGCUGCUGGCGCUCAAGGGCGGUGGCGCGGCGGCUCUGACGGCGUCGCUGUGCGUGAUCGACGUGGACGACCGCCUGCCGUCGCUGGCGUCCAUCGGGGUGUGGGCGGUGGUCACCGUGGACCUGGUCUUCGAGGCCAACAUUGGGCUGUCUCUCGGCAAGGGAGUGAACCGCACGCUGGGCACGCUGCUGGCGGGCAUGCUGGCGCUGUUGGUGACGCAGGUGGCGCCUCUCCUCGGCGGGCUGCACGUGGCGGUGCUGCUGCUGCUGGUCUUCCUGGGCGCCGCCAUCCCCAUCUACUACCGCAACCGCCCGCCCUUCAAAGACAGGUGGACGUACGCCAUGACCAUCAUGAUGCUGACGUUCCACAUCCUCCUCCUCUCCACGUACCGCCACCCCGAGAAGCUGCAGAUGCCGUUGGCGCGGUUCACGAUGAUCGUGCUGGGCUUCCUCAUCGCCGCCCUCAUCAACCUCGCACUGCUCCCCGCCUAUGCCGGGGACACCCUGCAUGCACUGCUCUCCAAGAACUUCGACUCCGCCGCUACCCUGCUGUCCAGGUGUGUGGAGGAGUACGAGCGCGGCACGGUGUGGCAGCACGUGCCCACGCUCUGGAGCAUGAGGAAAGCAGGAGGAGGAGCAGCAGGGACGGGUGCGGCGGGCGGCGCGGGCGGCGAUGACAAGAUGCAUGAGAUGUACCACGGCAUCGUGAUGAGCGACGCCGAGGUCGACAAACACCUCGCAGCGCUAGCGUUUGAGCCGCCUCAUGGGCGCUUCUUCUCGGGCUACCCGUGGCACCUCUACGAUGACGUCACCGACACGCUGCGCUGCCUGGUUUAUGACAUCAUCGCGCUGGACUCCAGCCUGCGCGCCGAGAUCCAGGCACCGCUGGUGCUGCGGCGCGUGGUGGGCAAAGAGAUGACCAGCAUCGCUGAGGAGUGCCGCAGCACGCUGGCGUACCUGGCGCAGUCCGUGCGCUCCUUCUCAUGGGCGGGCCCGCCCGAGUCGCUGUUCCGCGCGGAGGAAGCUGCGAUGAAGCUGCAGCACCGGCUGUCGAAGCACAUCGGGCUCAUCCUCGUGCUGCCGCCCCCCGACCUCGCCCACCACCCCCUCCCGCUCUCACGCCUCUCCGAGGGCGGCGGAGUGAGUGCGGGGGGCGGAGAGGAGAACUGGGGAGGGGUGGGUGACAGGAUGGUGGUGCACGGGGAGGGCGAGGAGGGGGAGGGGGGGAGAUGGGCGGAGGAUGGAGAUGGGGUGGUGCGGAGCUGCAUUGACAUGGGGGGGGAGGAGGAGAGAGAGGGCGCUGGGGAGGAGGGCCAAGGGAAGAGCAGGCUGCUGGAGCCUGUUUCGCCCAGAGCAGAGAGGCUCUCCCGCCCCGGCAGUCCUCUCUGCCUCUCCCCCCGCCACCCGCACGGCCUCUCCCCCUCCCCCACCACCACCACACCCGACUCUCACAUUGCACCCGGCACUGCAGCAGCAGCAGGCAUGGGGGCCCUGACGCCAUCGGAGAUGUCGCUGGCAGAGGGGCUGGCGGGCUAUGCCGCCGCAUGGGGAGCAGCGGGUGCAGCAGCAGGGCAGGGGGGCACGGAAAGGGCAUCGGGUAGUGCGGGCAGUGUGGGCGGCAUGGGGCGGAAGAAGCCGUCGGUGGCGGAGUGGCGGCAGGAGCUGCUGCAGCGGCAGGCGUCCAUGGGCGGCGCGUGGGACCGCACGGUGGAGCGCAUCGCCGCUCUCUCCCUCGUCAAGUUCGCGGCGCUGCUGCUGGAGGUGGUGGCCAAGCUGCACUUCGUCGUGCAGCGCUCCGAGGAACUCGCGCUCGCUGCGCGGUUUGAUGUGACAGGAUAGAGUAGCGGCGCAGCGCGCCUUCAGCCGCUGCUGCUGGGGCGGUGACGAAGCUGCACUUGGCGGUGCUACGGAUGGAGGAGCUGAGGCUCGCUGCGAGGGUUGGCUUGGCGGGGCAGCCGUAGGCACCGUGCUGUUAGAAUAGGAGAAUGAACUAGAACAAGAGAGUACAGGGGAGAUAUAGGGUUGGAGUUGUACCCUCUAAGAACACAAAUCUAUCUAGCCUAUAACUACUACACAUGUAUAAGUUGACACACCCCCUAGGCUAGAUAAGGGGCAGUGCAUAGCAAGGAACACGCAGCUCAGGAUGGCAUUACUACUCCGACCUUUGAGGCAGGGGCCCGAAGACCAGUCAGCAAGAGUACAAACACGACAAGAG